CCAACUGAGAAAGCCAUGGCACAUCAAGUACCUGUGAUUUCAAGGCCCUCCAGUGCUCCUUUAGUUCCUGGUCCCAGGCCAACUGCUCCUGUUGUUUCCGUGGUUCAAACACCCCCUCUGCUUGCCCGUUUAGCGAGUGCAACUGGCCGGUUAGGUCCUGAACCCUCACCAGCAACACAUGGUUAUAUUCCCCAGUCCUAUAGAAAUGCCAUAGUAUUAGUGGGUAACCCUGUUGCCUCAAGUACAGGUGGUUUUACUCAUCCUAACUCUCAAGGCUCGGGGUUGAGCCAAUCCUCGGCAUUCUCUCAAUCAGCUACAUUGGUAUCAGCACCAAUGUUUUUAUCCCAAAGCACUGAGAGGAUUGACCCGGGUAUUCCUUAUGGCUUGGUAAUGCGGGACGUUUUGCAGAAUGGACACAACUGGAUGGAGACUUCUCAAAGGGAAUCCAGCAGAAACAUGCACUAUGAUCAGUCUUCGCUGCUUAAUGACGUUCAAAACCUGGGCUUGUAUAGGCCUGUGCACAGCGGAUCGUGGGAACAAUUAUCCUCCAAGUUCCCUGCCAGUAUAUCUGGCCGGCAGAAUCAAGGUGUGUCGGGAGAGGAGUUCCCGUUCCAGCAUCUGGAUAUCAUCAAUGACCUGCUUGACGAUGAACAUAGUGUUGGGAAGGCAGCAAAGGCAAGCACAGUUUCUCAGACUAUCAGCAAUGGGCAGCUAUUAAAUAGACAGUUUUCUUUUCCUGGUGAUAUGGGCAUGUCGGCUGAUUUGGGGUCCUCAUCUAGCCCUUGCAGGUUUGAGCGAACACAGAGUUACCAUGAGAAUGGGUUUCAACCCCAUUAUCAGUCUUCUAGCAGCCAUUAUGACUCAACGAGGGAUUUCAUUCCACAAGCUAAUGCUUUACCUUAUGUAAAUGGGCAGGUAGAUGGGUUAAUUUCGAACCAUUGGCACCGGGCUGGUUCUGAUUUAUCUGUACUUGGCAUGAGGAACUUGGAGGGCGAUGUUUACCCCCAUUAUAAUCCAGAUUAUUCAAAUCUGGCUUGUGGUGUCAAUGGUUAUACAGUUUUCCGGCCUUCGAAUGGGCACUGAAAAGGGAAGUAUGACGGAGUCUGCCUGCAAAGUAGUGGGUUCCUGUCCGUUGUAAUAAUGUAUUUGAGGAAAUUGUUGGGUCUUAGAUUUGGAGUGAGGUUAUUAUCCUUUGACAAGAAAACAUUUUGUAAAGAAUAUUGUCCACCUUUGCUUACAGCUCUGAAGUAGUUAAAAAAAUGAGGCUUUCUAUA